AUGAGUGCAGAAGCUGAAACCUUUGCCUUUUCUGCGGAUAUUAACCAGCUCUUGAGUCUAAUUAUCAAUACGUUUUACUCUAACAAGGACAUUUUCCUGCGUGAAUUGAUUUCAAAUGCAUCCGAUGCACUUGAUAAGAUUCGUUACUCAUCGCUCACUGAUGCAAGUGUCCUGGAUACCGAUAAGAAUUUGGAAAUUAAGGUGAUUCCUGACAAGGCCAAUGGUACAUUGACUAUCCAAGAUUCCGGUAUUGGUAUGACGAAGGCGGAUUUGAUUAAUAAUCUCGGUACGAUUGCAAAGUCAGGCACUAAGGCGUUCAUGGAAGCAUUGGCUGCUGGUGCAGAUAUUAGUAUGAUUGGUCAGUUUGGUGUGGGGUUUUACUCUGCCUACUUGGUAGCUGAUCAAGUGAUUGUGCACUCGAAGCAUAAUGAUGACGAGCAAUAUGUGUGGGAAUCUGCUGCGGGUGGUUCGUUUACGGUGACCCCAGACACAUCGGAGCCUAUCCCACGUGGUACACGCAUUGUGUUGAAACUAAAGGAAGAUAUGCUUGAGUAUUUGGAAGAACGCAAGCUCAAAGACCUUGUGAAGAAACACUCUGAGUUUAUUGGUUUCCCUAUCAAGCUUUACGUCGAAAAGACGGAGGAGAAGGAAGUGACGGAUGAUGAGGAGGAAGAAGAAGAGAAGGAAGGUGAGGAUGACAAGCCAAAGGUCGAAGAGGUGGAGGAAGAGGAAGGUGAUGAAAAGAAGAAGAAGACGAAAAAGGUCAAGGAAGUGACGCACGAGUGGGACCACUUGAAUAGCCAGAAACCUAUUUGGAUGCGCAAACCCGAGGAUGUAACUCACGAGGAGUAUGCUUCGUUCUACAAGUCGCUUACUAAUGACUGGGAGGAACAUGCUGGUGUCAAGCACUUUUCGGUGGAGGGACAGCUAGAGUUUAAGGCUUGUUUGUUCACGCCGAAGCGCGCUCCCUUUGACAUGUUUGAGGGUGGUGCCAAGAAGAAACUCAACAACAUUAAGUUGUAUGUGCGUCGUGUGUUCAUCAUGGACAACUGCGAAGAGCUCAUGCCUGAGUAUCUGUCAUUUGUAAAGGGCGUUGUCGACUCGGAAGAUUUGCCGCUAAACAUUUCGCGUGAGACGCUGCAGCAGAACAAGAUCUUGCGUGUGAUUAAGAAGAACCUGGUCAAGAAAUGCCUGGAGAUGUUUGCCGAGCUUGCUGAGGACAACGAGAAGUACAACAAGUUCUAUGAGGCAUUCAGCAAGAACUUAAAGUUGGGCAUCCACGAGGACUCGACCAACCGCACGAAGAUUGCGAAGCUAUUGCGCUACCAUUCGACCAAGUCUGGUGAGGAGAUGACGUCUUUGGACGACUACAUCUCGCGCAUGCCUGAGAACCAACCCGGUAUUUAUUAUGUAACGGGUGAGAGCAAGAAGUCAGUGGAGAACUCGCCAUUCAUUGAGAAGCUUAAGAAGAAGGGAUACGAGGUAUUGUUCAUGGUGGAGGCCAUUGACGAGUACGCCGUGCAGCAGCUGAAGGAGUACGAGGGCAAGAAGCUGAUUUGUGCGACCAAGGAGGGUCUCAAGAUGGAAGAGACGGAGGAUGAGAAGAAGUCGUUCGAGGAGGCCAAGGCUGCUACUGAAGGUCUGUGCAAGCUCAUGAAGGAGGUCCUUGACGACAAGGUUGAGAAGGUUGAAAUCUCGAACCGUAUUGUUGAGUCGCCUUGUGUGCUGGUGACGGGUGAGUACGGCUGGUCGGCCAAUAUGGAGCGUAUUAUGAAGGCACAGGCACUGCGUGACAGCAGCACGUCGUCCUACAUGUCGUCGAAGAAGACUAUGGAGAUUAACCCGCUACACCCGAUCAUUAAGUCGCUGCGUGAGAAGGCUGAAGCCGACAAGAGCGACAAGACGGUGAAGGAUUUGAUCUGGCUGUUGUACGACACGUCGCUGCUGACGUCGGGUUUCAGUCUGGACGAGCCUACGACGUUUGCCAACCGCAUCCACCGCCUCAUUAAGCUCGGUCUGAGCAUUGACGACGACGACGAUGUUGCCGACGAUGCGAUGGAGGACCUGCCUCCGCUUGAGGGCGAGAAUGAGGAGGAAAGCACGAUGGAAGAAGUGGACUAA